GACCCCGCGGCGCCGCUCGGGCCGCCGUAGGGCUGAGGUCACGUGGCGCGGUCAUGUGAUUUGCGGUGCUGCGCGGGAGCGGUUCCUCUCGGCUCCGCCGGCAGCAGCAGGCCGCGGCGAUCAUGGCUCGGCCCCAGCACGGCUCGGCUCCGUGGUGGAAUUACUUCUUCCUUUACGAUGGCUCCAAGGUUAAGGAGGAAGGGGAUCCUACGAGCGCUGGCAUUUGUUAUUUUUAUCCUUCUCAGACUCUCCCCGACCAGCAGGAGCUGUUGUGUGGACAGAUUGCUGGAGUGGUACACUGCAUGACUGAGAUUUCGGGAGUUCCUCCAAGCCUUAUUCGCCUGAGGAAGCUCAAGUUUGCAGUUAUAGUGGAUGGAGACUAUCUGUGGGUGCUGGGCUGUGCUGUUGAUCUCCCUGAUGUCAGCUGUAGACGGUUUCUGGAGCAGUUGAUCAGCCUCUUCACAUUCUACAAUGGACCUGUUCACCAGGCUUACAUGGAGUUUUCUCAGGAGGAACUAAACAGACUGUGGGACAGAUACGUUGAAUAUAUCCAAAAAAACACCAAUGACCUCCACAAGAUCUUCAGUUCUCUCUGGAAUCUGGACAAAACCAAGGUGGACCCACUGCUUUUACUGAAAGCAGCUCUCAUCUUGCAGACUUGCCAGCGGUCUCCCCAUGUCUUGGCAGGCUGCAUUAUCUACAAAGGCUUGAUUGUGAGCACCCAGCUGCCACCUCCUCUCACUGCUAAAGUUCUCCUCCAAGGCAGUGAGUCUUCAGGCCAGAGUGAGCCUGGAGGUGAAGAGCAGCAGGAGCCUGAUUCUCCGUUGCCGCAGGGUGCCCGUGUCAUCCCGGUGUUCCUAACAGAAGAUGAAGUCUCAGUGCUCCGAGACUUCCCAGUGGAGUGGAGGAGUAGAUCAACCAUGGCCCCAGCAAGCCCUAGAAGAGAAAGGAAUGCUCUUGGCUCCCCAGCAAUCUCACAGUCGACAGGAAUUCACAGAAACCAAGACCUGAAUGAUAUCUCUGUGCUAACUGCACAAGCUUCAGGCACAGCCACACCAGAAGAUGCUGUGCAAUCAGGCAGCUUUGCAAACACAGUUCCUUUGAAAAUGGAAGCCAGGAAAAAGAGUUUUCCAUCAGCAGAACUGAGCAGCCCAGGCAACAAAAGGUCGGAGCUCAGGAGAAAAGCAUCCUUCUCAUCAGACAGACAAGUGAAAGAGCUGCUGAGCCCUUCUGAGCUCCAUACUGCUCAGUGUGCUCAAGCUGCAGAUUCAUAUCUGGAAGGUUUUUCCUUUCCACACCCAUAUGCCAAGGAACAGGAGAGUCAGGGCAUGCAGGAAUCUCUUGUGGACUCUGAUGCUGAACAGCACAGUUCCCAGAGCUGUCCUGUGGACAGUGCCAGUCUAGCUACCUGCUCUGCUGCCCAAGAGCUGAGCAGAAGGAAGUCGAGUGAACAAGAUGAACAAGGGACUCUGAGCCAAAGUAGUGUCUCUAUAGAAAGUGGUGCAGCUGUUGGUAGUUGGAGUUUGGAUUGCCCGACCCCUGUUGCACAGUCAGAGCUCAGAAGCAAGAGUCAGCUGAUGGCUGCAGACAUUCAGGAGGGGCUGCCCAGUGCCUCAGCAGAGAUCACAGGCUGUCCCAGGAGUGGGGAGGAGGACUGGCCUCAGGCAAGCAGACCAGCAGCCCAGGGCAUGGAGUCUGACAAGCACUGCAAGUUCAUUCAGAUGAGCUUGUAUGUCCACAGCAUCAAGGGGCUUGUGCUCUCUCUAGUGGCUGAGGAUCACCUCCGAGAUGACCAGAGCUCAAUUGAGGAUGUGUACCACAGCAGUCUGGCUUCUCUGAAUGGCCUCGAGGUUCAUCUGAGGGAGACUUUGCCCAAAGACUCUCUGUCUUCAGCCAAGGCAACCUACAGCUUCACUCACUAUGACUGCAUCCAGAACGUGCUCACAGCCAACGUGCCCCAUCCACCUGGCCCUCUGGAUCGGCAUCUCCUGAGGGCUGCCACGCUGAUCCACUCUGACUUCAAUCAGCUUCCAGCUCUUUCAGAAGUGAUCGUUAGGAAUGCUUCCACAGCAGUGUAUGCCUGCCGGAACCCCGUCCAGGAGACCUACUUCCAGCAGCUGGGUGCUCCACUCCGCAACUCAGGCGCUCCCAACCCUCAGGACAGUGCAUUCAGCCUGCCAAGCAAGGCCAAGCAAAAGCUGCUGAAGCAUGGAGUGAACCUACUUUGAAGUGAUGGUACUGAUGCACUGAGGUAGCGUAUCUCAGCAGUAGUGGAAGCUGGUUCAUCUCCAGUAACCGAAUUCUCAAAGCCAUUUGUUCUGUAAGCACGAUGCUCUGUGCUAACUGUGGUUUCCAGCCUGCCCUGCCUUGAGGAAGGGGUGGGCACUCUCACUGUCAUGCUCCUGCAGCACACGUUGUGCAUCAUGUCACUGAUGUUAGCACUUACCAAAGACUGAAGACAGAAAAUAGCUCUGUUGGGGUGUUCAGUUUACAUUUACUUUGUAGGACUCUUCGUGGUGCUCUGCCGCCACAGACAGAGACUCCUGGAGUGCCUCGACCAAAAGUAGAACCUCUCCUUGCUCUAAGCUAUGCAGGACACUGGAUUACUGGGCAGUGCUUGCUUUCAGAAAUGGCAGUCAGACCCUGCACUUGCCUUGAGUUCUGUUACUGUGCUUGUCCUGGUCAGACUUGGGCUUUUUUUAUACCUCGUAAUCUACAGAAAUGAUUCCCUGCAGCAACGUAGUGCCUUAUCUUGAUUAACAGCCUGCAAGCUGUCUAACUGGAAUAGAACAAGUGCUGCAGAACUCCUAACUCCCCUCCAGUAGCUGUCAGUAGGUUUUAUUCUGUAGCUGUAUAUGGCAAACCCUUGUCCCACUGCACAUGCCUGCUCCAUGUUCCAAGCUGCCCACAAGAAAGCAGAAAGGUGCUGCAACCCUGUGGCCUCCCCUGGGGACCCUGAAUGCACUACAUCCCUCUGCUCCUCAGCCACCUGUGUCCUUCCCCUCCUGUUAGAGUACCAUGCUUCACCUCCUGGCUCUCAUUGCUCUAUUUGUUUGCACUCUGUUGGCAGAGAAGGCAGGUGCCAGCCCCUUAAGCUAAUGGGACCAAAGAGACUUUAUAGCUACUUGGCACCUGUUCUCUUUCUGCUCGUGUAUUCCCUGUCAUUAGCUUGCUGGGGACAGGCAGCGGUGGCUGCUUAGCCCUCAGUGAUGAAUCCUGCCAUCUGACUGCUGCUGCUACGUACACGCACACCACUGUGACAAUAAAAGUCUCCAAGACUUAUCCAA